GCCGCCGCCGCCCGCCGCCCGCUCCGCAGACGCCCCUUCCCUAUGUUCCGGGGCACGAGUCCUGAAAGCCGAGACCCGCCUGCCGGUUCCCCAUCAUGUCCGAAGUGACUAAAGAGCUGAUGGAGCUGGUGUGGGGCACCAAGAGCAGCCCCGGGCUCUCGGAUACCAUCUUCUGCCGCUGGACGCAAGGGUUUGUGUUUAGUGAAUCAGAGGGAUCUGCAUUAGAACAGUUGGAAGGUGGCCCCUGUGCUGUUAUUGCCCCUGUCCAGGCAUUCCUUUUGAAGAAGCUUCUGUUUUCUUCUGAGAAGUCAUCAUGGCGGGAUUGCUCAGAGGAAGAGCAGAAGGAACUCCUUUGUCAUACCUUAUGUGAUAUUUUAGAAAGUGCUUGUGACAAGUCCGGACAGUUCUGCUUGGUCUCCUGGUUAAGAGGAAGGACAAAUGAAGAAACUGCUAGUAUCUCUGGGAGUCAUGCACAAUCUAGUUGCCAAGUGGAGCAUCCUUCUGCCUUGGCUGUCGAAGAGCUUGGCUUUGAGCGAUUUCAUGCAUUAAUUCAAAAAAGAUCACUCAGAACUGCAUCAGAAUUAAGAGGUGCUGUCUCAGACCAGUAUUCAAUGUGGGGAAACAAAUUUGGAGUAUUGCUUUUUCUCUAUUCUGUGUUACUGACGAAGGGCAUUGAAAACAUAAAAAAUGAAAUUGAAGAUUCAACUGAACCCUUGAUAGAUCCCGUGUAUGGACAUGGCAGCCAGAGCUUAAUCAACCUGCUCCUAACGGGACACGCCGUUUCGAACGUGUGGGAUGGUGACAGAGAGUGCUCAGGGAUGCAACUUCUUGGUAUCCAUGAACAAGCAGCUGUAGGAUUCUUAACAUUAAUGGAAGCUUUACGAUAUUGUAAGGUUGGUUCUUAUUUGAAAUCUCCAAAAUUCCCUAUUUGGAUUGUUGGCAGUGAAACUCACCUCACCGUAUUUUUUGCCAAGGAUAUGGCCUUAGUUGCCCCUGAGGCUCCUUCUGAACAAGCCAGGAGAGUUUUUCAGACCUAUGAUCCAGAAGAUAAUGGAUUCAUACCUGAUUCACUUCUCGAAGAUGUGAUGAAAGCUUUGGACCUCGUUUCAGAUCCUGAAUAUAUAAAUCUCAUGAAGAAUAAAUUAGAUCCAGAAGGAUUAGGAAUCAUAUUAUUGGGUCCAUUUCUUCAAGAAUUUUUUCCUGAUCAGGGCUCCAGUGGUCCAGAAUCUUUUACUGUCUACCACUACAAUGGAUUGAAGCAAUCAAAUUAUAAUGAAAAGGUAAUGUAUGUGGAAGGGACUGCAGUGGUUAUGGGUUUUGAAGAUCCCAUGCUACAGACAGACGACACUCCUAUUAAACGCUGUCUACAAACCAAAUGGCCAUACAUCGAGUUACUCUGGACCACAGAUCGCUCUCCUUCACUAAAUUGAGUUGCCUAAGUAUUUAUAAAGAAGAUUGUAAAAUCGUGUUGAAAGAGGGAUAUGUGACUGGCCUAAUUAAGCUAAACACUGGUAUUGUUGAUUAACUGUAAAUAACAAUUAAAACACAUUUUUCAGUGUUUAAGAUAUGUUUAAAUUAUUUGUUCUAAAGCUUUAUGUUAAAGGUUAUCCUAUUUUAACCCUUCCUGUGAAAUUUACUAGCAAAAUUAAGCUUAAAUUAUAGUUCAUCACAUCUGCAGUCAGAUAAUUGGUUAUUUAUCAGAUUAUAACAAUACUAUGCUAGAAGAUUUUUAUUGAGAAUUAAUCACUAUCAAACCUGUUUUCCAUUAGAAAUAUUGAUAAACAAUUAGUUAUCAGCCCAGGUCCUUUGGCAGUUGACUUAAUUCUGGCAUGUUUACAAAAAGUGAACUAUAUGGGAACCUCCCAUUUAUUCACAGGUGCAUAGGGUAUAUUUUUAAAAAUGAUAAUCUGAUAGUCUUAACACUGUUAUUUCUCACUGUAUUGCCAAAUACACUCUUCCACAUUUGUUCCAAUAGCCUGUAAGCCAGCUUUCUUGUGUAUUUAUAAAUGAUAAGUGCAUGAGAACAUCUGUUAUUAUACUAGUAUAUUUCAUUAUUUAUUAUGAUUCCAGUUGAUAGCCUAAAUAAAGACUUUUUUUUAACUCUA